AUGUCUGACCCAGCUUCUACCGGAAACUCCGACUUUAUCAAGGCUGCUGCCGAUGUCAAGAACCUGGCCACCAAGCCCAACAACGAGGAGCUUCUUCAGCUUUAUGCUCUUUUCAAGCAAUCAAUUUCCGGUGACAACACUUCUGCCUGUCCUGGUAUGUUCGAUCUUCAGGGUAAGGCAAAGUGGAGUGCCUGGGAGAAGGUCAAGGGAACCUCUAAAGAAGAUGCUCAAGCGCAAUACAUUGCACUAGUCAAGCAGCUGCAAGGAAAGAACUAG